AUGGGGCUAAGGGUUGCCAGCCUUUUUAUACUCUGGCUGGCUCUUUCUUAUGCAAAUGAAAUAAAAAAAGGAAGAACAAGAAACCAUGGCCACUAUGUCUGCAGUACUUGGGGAAACAACCAUUUCAAAACUUUUGAUGGAGAUAUCUAUCAGUUCCCUGGCAUGUGCGAAUAUAAUUUUGCUUCUGACUGCCGAGAGUCAUACAAGGAGUUCUCCGUCCACAUUGAGCGUGGUCUGAAUAGCAAUAACCACCCUGAGAUCCAGUAUAUUCUGAUAACAAUCAAGGAAUUUACAGUGUACCUCAGACCAAAAGUGACUGUGGUGGAUGGACGGAUUGUGAAGACACCUUACUACAGCUCUGGUAUGCUCAUUGAGAGCAACGACAUUUAUACCAAGGUUUAUGCCAAAUUAGGCCUGAUUCUGAUAUGGAAUCAGGAAGACGCACUGAUGGUGGAGCUGGACAGCAAAUUUAAUAAUCAUACAUGUGGUCUCUGUGGCGAUUACAAUGGAAUUCCAGUCUACAAUGAGUUCAUUGAUGGUGAUGCAAGCUACAAUUCAAUUACGUAUGGGAAUUUACAGAAGAUCAGCAAACCCAAUGCCAAAUGUAAAGAUCCUGAUGAAAGUCAGGCUCUUCCAAGCUGUAACAGGCAUCGUCAUGAGUGUGAGAGGCUGCUGACUUCCCCUGCAUUUGCUGAUUGUCGGUUACGACUUAAUUUGGAAAUGUACAUCCAAGCCUGCAUGCAGGACAAGUGUGCAUGUACUGGAAAUGAGGACUCCUUCUGCCUCUGCAGUACUAUCUCUGAAUAUUCUCGCCAGUGCUCACAUGCAGGUGGUCGGCCAGGUGAAUGGAGGUCACAGCACUUUUGCCCCAAGACCUGUCCUGAUACUAUGAUCUACAAAGAAAGCAGCUCACCCUGCAUAGAUACUUGCUCACACUUGGAGGUCAGCAGCCUUUGUGAGGAUCACUACAUGGACGGUUGUUUCUGUCCUGAAGGAACUGUAUAUGAUGAUAUUACUGAAAAGGGCUGCAUACCUGUUAGUCAGUGCCACUGCAAACUGCAUGGAAAGGAGUAUUCACCUGGAGAAAGAAUUACCAAUGAAUGUGAAGAAUGCACCUGUGAUUCAGGCAGAUGGACGUGCAAAGAUCUACCCUGUCCAGGCACAUGUUCAGUAGAAGGAGGUUCCCAUAUUACCACCUUUGAUGGGAAGAAAUACACCUUCCAUGGAGACUGUUAUUAUGUGUUGGCCAAGGGUUCUGUAAAUGACAGCCAUGCUCUCCUGGCAGAGUUAACUCCCUGUGGAUCAACAGACAGGCAGACCUGUUUGAAGACUAUUGUGCUGUUAGUAGAUCACAAAAAAAAUGUGGUGGUUUUCAGAUCAGAUGGCAGUGUGUUACUGAAUGAGAUGACAGUGAAUGUGCCUCAUGUGUCAGCCAGCUUCUCAGUAUUCAAGCCAUCUUCCUACUACCUUGUUGUAAAAACUUCUUUUGGGCUUCAGCUCCAAAUUCAGCUGUUUCCACUCAUGCAACUGUUCGCAAUUGUGGAUCAAUCACUUCAAGGAAAAGUUCAAGGUCUUUGUGGAAACUUUAAUGGAAUGGAAGGUGAUGAUUUUAAAACAACCAGUGGGCUGGUAGAAGCUACAGGAUCUGCCUUUGCUAACACAUGGAAAGCUCAGUCCACCUGUACAGACCAGGUAGAAAAGCUGGAAGACCCCUGCACUCUCAGCAUUGAAAGUGCAAAUUAUGCUGAGCAUUGGUGUUCUUUGUUGAAAAACUCAGAGGGUCCUUUUGCAAGAUGUCAUUCAAUCAUUGAUCCUUCAGAAUACUAUAAGAGAUGUAAAUAUGACACCUGCCUCUGUGAAGACAAUGAAGAAUGCUUGUGUGCUGCCCUGUCUUCUUACUCAAGAGCCUGUGCUUUCAAAGGGAUCAUACUGGGAGGCUGGAGAAAAGAUGUCUGCAGUAAUGAAAUGUCUGCCUGCCCAGGAAAUCAAAUCUUCCUUUACAAUCUUACAAUGUGCCAGCACACCUGUCGUUCCCUUGCUGACGGUGAAAAACAAUGCUUGCAAGACUUUGCUCCUGUGGAUGGCUGUGGCUGCCCAUAUAAUACAUACUUGGAUAACCAGGAUAACUGUGUGCCUAUCUCCGAGUGCCCUUGUUAUUACAAGGGAUCGUACCUGGAACCAGAGGAAUAUGUCACAAAAGAUGGAGAACGUUGUGUUUGUCGAAAUGCGAAGGUCCAGUGUACAUCAGUGACGAUAAGAAUGAAAAGUGCAACAGACUGUUCUUCUAAUAAGACCUACUUUGACUGCAACUCAUCCCCAACGUGGACUUCGCGAACGCCUGUACAACUUAGCUGUCAUACUCCUCAAACUGAUCAUUUUCAGGCAGAGUGUAUCUCAGGCUGUGUGUGUCCCGAAGGUCUGUUAGAUGAUGGGAAAGGGGGCUGUGUUGAGAGGAAGGACUGCCCAUGCAUUCAUAACAACCAGUGGUAUUCUCCUGGACAGAAGAUAACAGUGGACUGCAACACCUGCACCUGCCAGAAAGGAUUUUGGAGCUGUACUGAAGACAUGUGCUAUGGGACCUGUAUGAUAUAUGGAAGUGGCCAUUAUAUCACCUUUGAUGGAAAAUUCUAUGACUUUGAUGGGAAUUGUGAAUAUGUAGCUACUCAGGAUUUUUGUGGUGACAAAAGUUCCAGUGGGUCAUUUAGUAUCAUCACAGAGAACGUCCCUUGUGGAACUACAGGAGUCACCUGCUCAAAGGCUAUUAAAAUGUUUAUAGGGAAAACUGAACUGAAAUUGGAGAACAAAGAUUAUAAAGAAAUUCAGCGAGAUAUUGGUGAUGACGUGCGUUAUUGGAACAGGACAGUAGGCCUCUAUCUUGUUAUUGAGGCUACAAAUGGUGUAAUGCUUAUCUGGGAUAAGAAGACUACUGUUUUCAUCAAGCUGACUCCUGACUACAAAGGCAAAGUGUGUGGUCUGUGUGGCAACUUUGAUGACAAGUCUAACAAUGACUUUACAACAAGAAGUGGGCUGCAGGAGACUAAUGCUCUGAAGUUCGGGAAUUCGUGGAAACAGUCUUCUAUGUGCCCAGAUGUCACACAAGAGAUUAAGCCCUGUGAUGUGAAACCACAUCGGAAGUCCUGGGCAGAGAAAGAAUGCAGCAUCAUCCUUAGUGAAGUCUUUAAAAUUUGUCACGCCAAGGUGGACCCGAUUCCUUUCUAUGAUGCUUGUGUUCACGAUGCCUGCUCUUGUGACAGUGGUGGAGACUGUGAGUGCUUCUGUUCUGCAGUUGCUGCAUAUGCUCAAGAAUGUACCAAGGCUCAGGCAUGUGUUUUCUGGAGGACUCCCGAUAUAUGCCCGAUAUUUUGUGACUACUACAACCCUCGUAAUGAGUGUGAAUGGCACUACGAGCCUUGUGGCAGUAGUAUCAUGACCUGCAGGAUGAUUAAUAAUGUCAGCACAAACUUUUCAGUACCAUACCUAGAAGGUUGCUACCCCAGAUGCCCUAAGGACAAGCCUGUUUAUAAUGAAGAGACAAAGGAAUGUGUGCCUGAAGACGAAUGUUGGUGUUACAUCAAUGAUGUUCCUGUUCCCCCUGGUGAUAAAAUACCCACCAAAGAGAACUGUACAGAAUGUAUCUGUGGCCCCUCAGGCUCCAUAGAGUGUAAACCAAUCCCAGGGUGUCCUUGUGUCAUCAAUGGUACGAGUUAUCAAGUCGGUGACACUGUGGCACAAAUACAGGACGGUAACAUAUGCAUAACAUACGUUUGUGCAGAAAAUGGUUCUAUAGUUGUUGGAAGCACUUAUCCUUGUCCGACAUCUAUUUCACCUACAACCAUUUCAACAUCCUUCCCAACCAGCACUCUUACCACCACAGUUACCACUACAAGGUCUCCAGUAACGACAUCUCCAUGUUUUGGAUUAAUCUGUGAUUGGACUGAGUGGUUUGAUGUUAGCAAACCUGAAGACAAUGGUGGUGACUAUGAAACCUAUGAUGAAAUAAGAAAGGAACAUGGAAACAAAAUAUGUGAAGCUCCUGAAAACAUCGAAUGCAGAGCUACAGAUAAUCCUGACGUGAGCUUAGAGGAACUUGGCCAGAAAGUAGAGUGUAAUGUUACAUAUGGGCUAAUCUGUAAAAAUGAGGAGCAAGAUGCAACAAUGUGGCAACUUUGCUAUAAUUAUGAAAUCAGGGUAAACUGUUGUGAGUGGCAGGAAAUCUCUUGUGAAACCACAAGUACACCAAGUCUAACACCAACUGCAACUUCAACCACCACCAGCACAACAGUAUCCAUCACCACUACAACAAGGCAACCAAUAGUUACCACCACGCCCGUACCCACUCCAACCAUGACAAGCCAACCCACACCAUCGGUCACCACCCCAGUAACUUCAACCUCUCCAGACUGUGACUGCAUCUGGACGGACUGGAUUGACGUGAGUUACCCAGACAGUUCUGACAGAAACAGUGGUGACUAUGAGACCUUUGAGAAUAUUAGGAAGAACGACUCCUCCUGGGUGUGUGUGAAAGCUGAAAAUAUUUCAUGCAGAGCAGAGAAAUUCCCUGAUGUUUCCCUCACCGAGUUAGGGCAGAAGGUGGAAUGCAGUGUUGACAAGGGGCUCGUCUGUAACAAUUGGGAGCAGCAUCCAGGAGGUGAAACGCCGAUGCCGGUUUGCCUCAACUAUGAGAUCAGUGUCUGCUGCGUCCCCGACAUACCGGAGUGUCGUCCAAGUGCCAUCCCAAGCACCACAACAGGCCCAACUUCUUCCACAACAAGCACAGGGUCCCCUUCAACUCUGUCGACAACCAGUCCCACAUCAACCUCACCGGAGUCUCCCACCAGCACCGCCACCACCACAGUGCCACCCAGCAGCACCACCAGCAGCCCCCCGGGGACAACAACAACAACUGUUUCCAGCACAACACCUCACACGCAGACUACUGCCAGCACAUCCACGCCCACACCGACGUACACCACCACUCUACCAUCUCCACGGCCUCCAAACUGUGACUGCAUCUGGACGGACUGGAUUGACGUGAGUUACCCAGACAGUUCUGACAGAAACAGUGGUGACUAUGAGACCUUUGAGAAUAUUAGGAAGAACGACUCCUCCUGGGUGUGUGUGAAAGCUGAAAAUAUUUCAUGCAGAGCAGAGAAAUUCCCUGAUGUUUCCCUCACCGAGUUAGGGCAGAAGGUGGAAUGCAGUGUUGACAAGGGGCUCGUCUGUAACAAUUGGGAGCAGCAUCCAGGAGGUGAAACGCCGAUGCCGGUUUGCCUCAACUAUGAGAUCAGUGUCUGCUGCGUCCCCGACAUACCGGAGUGUCGUCCAAGUGCCAUCCCAAGCACCACAACAGGCCCAACUUCUUCCACAACAAGCACAGGGUCCCCUUCAACUCUGUCGACAACCAGUCCCACAUCAACCUCACCGGAGUCUCCCACCAGCACCGCCACCACCACAGUCACAACACCUCACACGCAGACUACUGCCAGCACAUCCACGCCCACACCGACGUACACCACCACUCUACCAUCUCCACGGCCUCCAAACUGUGACUGCAUCUGGACGGACUGGAUUGACGUGAGUUACCCAGACAGUUCUGACAGAAACAGUGGUGACUAUGAGACCUUUGAGAAUAUUAGGAAGAACGACUCCUCCUGGGUGUGUGUGAAAGCUGAAAAUAUUUCAUGCAGAGCAGAGAAAUUCCCUGAUGUUUCCCUCACCGAGUUAGGGCAGAAGGUGGAAUGCAGUGUUGACAAGGGGCUCGUCUGUAACAAUUGGGAGCAGCAUCCAGGAGGUGAAACGCCGAUGCCGGUUUGCCUCAACUAUGAGAUCAGUGUCUGCUGCGUCCCCGACAUACCGGAGUGUCGUCCAAGUGCCAUCCCAAGCACCACAACAGGCCCAACUUCUUCCACAACAAGCACAGGGUCCCCUUCAACUCUGUCGACAACCAGUCCCACAUCAACCUCACCGGAGUCUCCCACCAGCACCGCCACCACCACAACAACAACUGUUUCCAGCACAACACCUCACACGCAGACUACUGCCAGCACAUCCACGCCCACACCGACGUACACCACCACUCUACCAUCUCCACGGCCUCCAAACUGUGACUGCAUCUGGACGGACUGGAUUGACGUGAGUUACCCAGACAGUUCUGACAGAAACAGUGGUGACUAUGAGACCUUUGAGAAUAUUAGGAAGAACGACUCCUCCUGGGUGUGUGUGAAAGCUGAAAAUAUUUCAUGCAGAGCAGAGAAAUUCCCUGAUGUUUCCCUCACCGAGUUAGGGCAGAAGGUGGAAUGCAGUGUUGACAAGGGGCUCGUCUGUAACAAUUGGGAGCAGCAUCCAGGAGGUGAAACGCCGAUGCCGGUUUGCCUCAACUAUGAGAUCAGUGUCUGCUGCGUCCCCGACAUACCGGAGUGUCGUCCAAGUGCCAUCCCAAGCACCACAACAGGCCCAACUUCUUCCACAACAAGCACAGGGUCCCCUUCAACUCUGUCGACAACCAGUCCCACAUCAACCUCACCGGAGUCUCCCACCAGCACCGCCACCACCACAGUGCCACCCAGCAGCACCACCAGCAGCCACACGCAGACUACUGCCAGCACAUCCACGCCCACACCGACGUACACCACCACUCUACCAUCUCCACGGCCUCCAAACUGUGACUGCAUCUGGACGGACUGGAUUGACGUGAGUUACCCAGACAGUUCUGACAGAAACAGUGGUGACUAUGAGACCUUUGAGAAUAUUAGGAAGAACGACUCCUCCUGGGUGUGUGUGAAAGCUGAAAAUAUUUCAUGCAGAGCAGAGAAAUUCCCUGAUGUUUCCCUCACCGAGUUAGGGCAGAAGGUGGAAUGCAGUGUUGACAAGGGGCUCGUCUGUAACAAUUGGGAGCAGCAUCCAGGAGGUGAAACGCCGAUGCCGGUUUGCCUCAACUAUGAGAUCAGUGUCUGCUGCGUCCCCGACAUACCGGAGUGUCGUCCAAGUGCCAUCCCAAGCACCACAACAGGCCCAACUUCUUCCACAACAAGCACAGGGUCCCCUUCAACUCUGUCGACAACCAGUCCCACAUCAACCUCACCGGAGUCUCCCACCAGCACCGCCACCACCACAGUGCCACCCAGCAGCACCACCAGCAGCACAACACCUCACACGCAGACUACUGCCAGCACAUCCACGCCCACACCGACGUACACCACCACUCUACCAUCUCCACGGCCUCCAAACUGUGACUGCAUCUGGACGGACUGGAUUGACGUGAGUUACCCAGACAGUUCUGACAGAAACAGUGGUGACUAUGAGACCUUUGAGAAUAUUAGGAAGAACGACUCCUCCUGGGUGUGUGUGAAAGCUGAAAAUAUUUCAUGCAGAGCAGAGAAAUUCCCUGAUGUUUCCCUCACCGAGUUAGGGCAGAAGGUGGAAUGCAGUGUUGACAAGGGGCUCGUCUGUAACAAUUGGGAGCAGCAUCCAGGAGGUGAAACGCCGAUGCCGGUUUGCCUCAACUAUGAGAUCAGUGUCUGCUGCGUCCCCGACAUACCGGAGUGUCGUCCAAGUGCCAUCCCAAGCACCACAACAGGCCCAACUUCUUCCACAACAAGCACAGGGUCCCCUUCAACUCUGUCGACAACCAGUCCCACAUCAACCUCACCGGAGUCUCCCACCAGCACCGCCACCACCACAGUGCCACCCAGCAACUGUGACUGCAUCUGGACGGACUGGAUUGACGUGAGUUACCCAGACAGUUCUGACAGAAACAGUGGUGACUAUGAGACCUUUGAGAAUAUUAGGAAGAACGACUCCUCCUGGGUGUGUGUGAAAGCUGAAAAUAUUUCAUGCAGAGCAGAGAAAUUCCCUGAUGUUUCCCUCACCGAGUUAGGGCAGAAGGUGGAAUGCAGUGUUGACAAGGGGCUCGUCUGUAACAAUUGGGAGCAGCAUCCAGGAGGUGAAACGCCGAUGCCGGUUUGCCUCAACUAUGAGAUCAGUGUCUGCUGCGUCCCCGACAUACCGGAGUGUCGUCCAAGUGCCAUCCCAAGCACCACAACAGGCCCAACUUCUUCCACAACAAGCACAGGGUCCCCUUCAACUCUGUCGACAACCAGUCCCACAUCAACCUCACCGGACACAACACCUCACACGCAGACUACUGCCAGCACAUCCACGCCCACACCGACGUACACCACCACUCUACCAUCUCCACGGCCUCCAAACUGUGACUGCAUCUGGACGGACUGGAUUGACGUGAGUUACCCAGACAGUUCUGACAGAAACAGUGGUGACUAUGAGACCUUUGAGAAUAUUAGGAAGAACGACUCCUCCUGGGUGUGUGUGAAAGCUGAAAAUAUUUCAUGCAGAGCAGAGAAAUUCCCUGAUGUUUCCCUCACCGAGUUAGGGCAGAAGGUGGAAUGCAGUGUUGACAAGGGGCUCGUCUGUAACAAUUGGGAGCAGCAUCCAGGAGGUGAAACGCCGAUGCCGGUUUGCCUCAACUAUGAGAUCAGUGUCUGCUGCGUCCCCGACAUACCGGAGUGUCGUCCAAGUGCCAUCCCAAGCACCACAACAGGCCCAACUUCUUCCACAACAAGCACAGGGUCCCCUUCAACUCUGUCGACAACCAGUCCCACAUCAACCUCACCGGAGUCUCCCACCAGCACCGCCACCACCACAGUGCCACCCAGCAGCACCACCAGCAGCCCCCCGGGGACAACAACAACAACUGUUUCCAGCACAACACCUCACACGCAGACUACUGCCAGCACAUCCACGCCCACACCGACGUACACCACCACUCUACCAUCUCCACGGCCUCCAAACUGUGACUGCAUCUGGACGGACUGGAUUGACGUGAGUUACCCAGACAGUUCUGACAGAAACAGUGGUGACUAUGAGACCUUUGAGAAUAUUAGGAAGAACGACUCCUCCUGGGUGUGUGUGAAAGCUGAAAAUAUUUCAUGCAGAGCAGAGAAAUUCCCUGAUGUUUCCCUCACCGAGUUAGGGCAGAAGGUGGAAUGCAGUGUUGACAAGGGGCUCGUCUGUAACAAUUGGGAGCAGCAUCCAGGAGGUGAAACGCCGAUGCCGGUUUGCCUCAACUAUGAGAUCAGUGUCUGCUGCGUCCCCGACAUACCGGAGUGUCGUCCAAGUGCCAUCCCAAGCACCACAACAGGCCCAACUUCUUCCACAACAAGCACAGGGUCCCCUUCAACUCUGUCGACAACCAGUCCCACAUCAACCUCACCGGAGUCUCCCACCAGCACCGCCACCACCACAGUGCCACCCAGCAACUGUGACUGCAUCUGGACGGACUGGAUUGACGUGAGUUACCCAGACAGUUCUGACAGAAACAGUGGUGACUAUGAGACCUUUGAGAAUAUUAGGAAGAACGACUCCUCCUGGGUGUGUGUGAAAGCUGAAAAUAUUUCAUGCAGAGCAGAGAAAUUCCCUGAUGUUUCCCUCACCGAGUUAGGGCAGAAGGUGGAAUGCAGUGUUGACAAGGGGCUCGUCUGUAACAAUUGGGAGCAGCAUCCAGGAGGUGAAACGCCGAUGCCGGUUUGCCUCAACUAUGAGAUCAGUGUCUGCUGCGUCCCCGACAUACCGGAGUGUCGUCCAAGUGCCAUCCCAAGCACCACAACAGGCCCAACUUCUUCCACAACAAGCACAGGGUCCCCUUCAACUCUGUCGACAACCAGUCCCACAUCAACCUCACCGGAGUCUCCCACCAGCACCGCCACCACCACAGUGCCACCCAGCAACUGUGACUGCAUCUGGACGGACUGGAUUGACGUGAGUUACCCAGACAGUUCUGACAGAAACAGUGGUGACUAUGAGACCUUUGAGAAUAUUAGGAAGAACGACUCCUCCUGGGUGUGUGUGAAAGCUGAAAAUAUUUCAUGCAGAGCAGAGAAAUUCCCUGAUGUUUCCCUCACCGAGUUAGGGCAGAAGGUGGAAUGCAGUGUUGACAAGGGGCUCGUCUGUAACAAUUGGGAGCAGCAUCCAGGAGGUGAAACGCCGAUGCCGGUUUGCCUCAACUAUGAGAUCAGUGUCUGCUGCGUCCCCGACAUACCGGAGUGUCGUCCAAGUGCCAUCCCAAGCACCACAACAGGCCCAACUUCUUCCACAACAAGCACAGGGUCCCCUUCAACUCUGUCGACAACCAGUCCCACAUCAACCUCACCGGAGUCUCCCACCAGCACCGCCACCACCACAGUGCCACCCAGCAACUGUGACUGCAUCUGGACGGACUGGAUUGACGUGAGUUACCCAGACAGUUCUGACAGAAACAGUGGUGACUAUGAGACCUUUGAGAAUAUUAGGAAGAACGACUCCUCCUGGGUGUGUGUGAAAGCUGAAAAUAUUUCAUGCAGAGCAGAGAAAUUCCCUGAUGUUUCCCUCACCGAGUUAGGGCAGAAGGUGGAAUGCAGUGUUGACAAGGGGCUCGUCUGUAACAAUUGGGAGCAGCAUCCAGGAGGUGAAACGCCGAUGCCGGUUUGCCUCAACUAUGAGAUCAGUGUCUGCUGCGUCCCCGACAUACCGGAGUGUCGUCCAAGUGCCAUCCCAAGCACCACAACAGGCCCAACUUCUUCCACAACAAGCACAGGGUCCCCUUCAACUCUGUCGACAACCAGUCCCACAUCAACCUCACCGGAGUCUCCCACCAGCACCGCCACCACCACAGUGCCACCCAGCAACUGUGACUGCAUCUGGACGGACUGGAUUGACGUGAGUUACCCAGACAGUUCUGACAGAAACAGUGGUGACUAUGAGACCUUUGAGAAUAUUAGGAAGAACGACUCCUCCUGGGUGUGUGUGAAAGCUGAAAAUAUUUCAUGCAGAGCAGAGAAAUUCCCUGAUGUUUCCCUCACCGAGUUAGGGCAGAAGGUGGAAUGCAGUGUUGACAAGGGGCUCGUCUGUAACAAUUGGGAGCAGCAUCCAGGAGGUGAAACGCCGAUGCCGGUUUGCCUCAACUAUGAGAUCAGUGUCUGCUGCGUCCCCGACAUACCGGAGUGUCGUCCAAGUGCCAUCCCAAGCACCACAACAGGCCCAACUUCUUCCACAACAAGCACAGGGUCCCCUUCAACUCUGUCGACAACCAGUCCCACAUCAACCUCACCGGACACAACACCUCACACGCAGACUACUGCCAGCACAUCCACGCCCACACCGACGUACACCACCACUCUACCAUCUCCACGGCCUCCAAACUGUGACUGCAUCUGGACGGACUGGAUUGACGUGAGUUACCCAGACAGUUCUGACAGAAACAGUGGUGACUAUGAGACCUUUGAGAAUAUUAGGAAGAACGACUCCUCCUGGGUGUGUGUGAAAGCUGAAAAUAUUUCAUGCAGAGCAGAGAAAUUCCCUGAUGUUUCCCUCACCGAGUUAGGGCAGAAGGUGGAAUGCAGUGUUGACAAGGGGCUCGUCUGUAACAAUUGGGAGCAGCAUCCAGGAGGUGAAACGCCGAUGCCGGUUUGCCUCAACUAUGAGAUCAGUGUCUGCUGCGUCCCCGACAUACCGGAGUGUCGUCCAAGUGCCAUCCCAAGCACCACAACAGGCCCAACUUCUUCCACAACAAGCACAGGGUCCCCUUCAACUCUGUCGACAACCAGUCCCACAUCAACCUCACCGGAGUCUCCCACCAGCACCACCACCACCACAGUGCCACCCAGCAGCACCACCAGCAGCCCCCCGGGGACAACAACAACAACUGUUUCCAGCACAACACCUCACACGCAGACUACUGCCAGCACAUCCACGCCCACACCGACGUACACCACCACUCUACCAUCUCCACGCACCACAACAGGCCCAACUUCUUCCACAGCAAGCACAGGGUCCCCUUCAACUCUGUCGACGACCAGUCCCACAUCAACCUCACCGGAGUCUCCCACCAGCACCACCACCACCACAGUGCCACCCAGCAGCACCACCAGCAUGUUUAAGUCCAAAUCCCCUGGCUUGGAGAAUACAUCACCUGAAUCAGAAAUAACAGCAAAGACGAGUACUGCAGUCACUCCUUCAGCUACCCCGCUGCCAACAUCUAGGACGACAGAAACAGAAAGUACAGUGUCUACCACAGGUACCACUAUUCAACAGUCAACACCAUCUGUAUCGACAAGCCCAAUAACAGUCACCACCUCUGGAGUCACUGAAAAAGGAUCAACCACUGAAGCCACCACUUCAGGCCCUACAGCCUCAGGACCCAUUCCCCACAGCCCCACAACAGUAGCAGAAAAUCCUAGUCCUAAAACCACUACCACAGAGACUGGCAGCACUCCAACAGGUCCAUCUACCACCACCAGCAGCACCACAACCUCAGAACUCACUUCUCACAGCACCAUAAUGGUAACAGGGAGCCCCAAGACCACUACCAUUAGGACUGUGACUCCUCUGACUGGAUCAUCUACCACUACUAUCAGCACCACAACUUCAGGACCCACUUCACACAGUACCACUAUCGCAACACAAAAAGGUAGCCCAAUGACAAUAACUGCAACUCACACUACUCUGACAGGCUCACCUACUACCACCGUCGGCACCACAGCCUCAGGACCACCCUUCCCAGAGCCUACAGCCAGCACUACGGCGCCACCAUCAAUAUCAACAAGCCCAGUGACAGUCACCACUUCUAGAAUCACUGAAACAGAAUCAACCAUCAAAACCACCACUUUGGGCCCUACAUCCUCAGGUUCCACUCCCCACAGCACCACAAUAGUAACAGAAGCCAGUAGCCCAAUGACAACAACUGCAACUCGCACUACUCCAACUAUAUCAACUGCCAUAACCACCAUCACAACUUUGGGAUCACCAUCCCCAGGGCCAGUAGCCAGCAGUACUGUAUUAUCACCCUCAGUAUCAACUAGCCAUGUGUCAGUCACCACCUCUAGCACAACUGCAACAGAAUCUUUUACCACCAGUUCAGGAACAACCUCUAGCAAUGUUACCACAAUUACUGCAACCACCAUCACCACCUCCAAAAACGUUUUCCCUGGCUCAACUAGUACUUCUGGGCCAACAACAUCAAGUGCAGUCACCAUUACAGGAAAUUCUACUCCACUCAGUGCUUCAAUUUCAACUACAAAUACACCACCAAUCACUCCUGGAAGAAAUUGUUCUAUUUUACCUAAUGAAUCUUAUGCGCCGGGUGAGUCAUGGUGGCUCUGUAACUGCACUAAGGCAAUAUGUAUAGAAGAUGAUAUAAUCCAGGUGGUUCCCAUAAUCUGUAAUCCACCUCCUAAACCUACAUGUACUAAUGGGCUUUCUCCUGUGCAAGUCAUUGAUGAGGAUGGAUGCUGUUGGCAUUGGGAAUGUGACUGCUACUGCACUGGCUGGGGAGACCCACAUUACAUGACAUUUGAUGGACUGUACUACAGCUUUCAAGGGAAUUGUACAUAUGUUCUUGUGGAAGAGAUUUAUAAGAAAGUUGACAACUUUGGUGUCUACAUUGAUAACUACCAUUGUGAUACACGGGAUGUAGUCUCCUGUCCUCGAACACUUAUUGUGAGACAUGAGACUCAGGAAGUGCGCAUAGCAACAGUCAAACCAAAUACUCUACAAGUAGAGGUGACAGUAAACAAACAGACAGUGGCUUUACCUUAUAAAAAAUUUGGCUUGAGCAUCUAUGAGUCAGGCAUAAAUCGUGUAGUGGAAAUUCCUGAACUAAAAAUGAAUGUGACCUACAAUGGCUUGUCCUUUUCUAUCAGAAUGCCCUACAGCCUGUUUGGUAACAACACUCAUGGACAGUGUGGUACCUGCACCAACAACACAGCAGAUGACUGCAUGUUGCCAAAUGGAAACAUUGCAGAAAACUGUGAAACAAUGGCAGAUCAUUGGCAAGUUGUUGAUCCCUCCAAACCACAGUGCUCUCCAGGCCUAAUUCCUACAAAACCACCUAGCACAACCCCAACAGAGCCUUGCAAAGAAUCUUCCAUGUGCAAGCUUCUUUUGGGAAGUGUGUUUGAGCCAUGCCACAGCUUUGUCCGGCCUGAAAAGUACUAUGCAGCCUGCGUUUUUGAUAGUUGUAUACUUCCCAACUUAGACCUGGAAUGUUCGAGUCUGCAGAUCUAUGCUGCCACCUGCGCCGAUCAAGGUGUAUGCAUUGACUGGAGAAGACAUACCAAUGGUGUCUGUUCUUACGAAUGCCCAUCAGAUAAAGAAUACAGAGCAUGUGGUCCUAUUAAAGAGAUAACCUGCAAAUCAAGUCAACAAAAUGAAACUUCAACUAAACAUGUGGAAGGCUGUUUCUGUCCUAAUGGAACAAUGUUGUAUGACUCUGGCAUAGAUGUCUGUGUGAAAACCUGUGGCUGUGUUGGAGUGGAUAAGGUACCAAGAGAGUUUGGGGAAAAGUUUACAGUAGACUGUCAGGACUGUAUUUGCCUGGAAGGUGGAAAUGGCAUUGUAUGUGAACCCCACGAAUGUGCCAAACAAAAUAAAACUAGCUGUGAUGGAGAAGGCUUCUAUGAGGUCAACGAAGUCAAUUCUGAAGAUUCCUGCUGCCCCAUUGUCACCUGCAAAUGCAAUACAAGCUUGUGUGUGGCUGAAGUCCCCACGUGUACACUGGGAUUUGAAGUUCAUUCUCAUAUUCCCAGUGAUCAGUGCUGUCCUGUGUACCAGUGUGUUCCCAAGAGGGUUUGUGUACAUGAGAAUGCGGAGUUCUUGCCCAAUUCCUCAGUCUUUGUUGAUAAGUGUCAGAAUUGUAUCUGCACUAAUGAAGUUAACAUCAGCACUCAACUGAAUAUCAUCUCCUGUGAACACAUUCCAUGCAACACAUAUUGUGAGCCAGGAUAUGAACAUCAACCAGUGAAAGGUGAAUGCUGUGGAAGAUGUGUGCAGACUAAGUGUGUUAUACAUACAGCAAGCAGUUCUGAGCUCAUCUUGAGUCCUGGAGAGUUUAAAAAUGAUCCUUACAACAACUGCACCAUUUAUAGCUGUGUAAAUAUCCGCAACCAAUUUAUCUCUUCCACAUCUGAGAUUACCUGCCCAGCAUUCAAUGAGGAGAGAUGCAAACCUGGAACUAUUACGCUCUUACCUAAUGGUUGUUGCAAAACCUGUGCACCUCUGGAUAGUCCCACACCGUGCUCUGUCCGUCAAAGAAAAGACUUUAUUGUCUAUAAGGGCUGUCGUUCUGAGCACAGUAUUGUCAUGACUGAGUGUGAAGGAACAUGUGGAACCUUCUCGCUGUACUCUGCUGAGGCCAAUUCCAUGGAGCACAGCUGUUCCUGCUGCAGGGAAUCAAGGACUACUGUGAAGGAAGUGAAACUGAAAUGCCCCUCUGGACAUUCAAUUUCACAUAAGUAUGUGUAUGUGGAAAGCUGCAGCUGUCAGAACACGGAAUGCAGCAACUCACAGUCCAGUGAGUCACACAGCAGGGAAGAAAAUGACAGAGAGAAGAGAACUCUGAACCGCAUCAAGAGGGCCAUCAGCUUAACAUCAAAAUGA